AUGUUCGCCCCCACCGACGACCUUGCCUUGUCGGCCCGAGCCAAUGAGCAGGAUCGAAGCUAUAGUGACUCGUUCAAGCCUCGACACGCCUCUGGCAAGCAAGCUGACACUCGCAAGGCCAAAUCAGCGCAGACCACACCCGGCUUGGACUCGGCAGACGAAAUCCAAGUCAUUGAAGAGCAGCAGGUGGCCAUCCCUAUCCGUGCAGGACUAGACCGCCGCCACUCGGAUCGUCACCUGGACCUCGAUGUCGGCAGUAUCCAUGCGGGUAAGCGCAAGCCAUCUCCACUCUUCGAGAGGCGCAAGAUGGACGACCUCGAUCUACUGGACGGAUUUUCAGAGAGCAGCGACGACGAGGCCGACAACAGGCACACUACUCGGAGCCAGAUUGUUCGCGGCCGAGAACCCCACAGCAAGCCACUCUUGCAUCCCAAGCAGACCUCGUUCCUACAGGCUGCUCGGCACUACGACUACGGCUCGUCGAGACAGGCUCCAUGCUCUCCGCAGCUUGGUCGCCACUCGUCUCGUGACUGCAGUCCGCAUGGUCGUCUUCCCCCGAUGGAGCGCGACGCCGAAGCAAAGGGACGUCACAGCAGCUAUGCUAAGAAGUCUGGUUACAUGCACGGACCCUAUACUGCCCGUGUGACUCCUCCUCCACCUGGUCUGAAUGGCCUCGAGCACGAAGCUAUGGUGUUUGACAAUUUUGAAGACGUCCCCUCGGUCUCUUCGAUUGCAGAGCAAGAGCAGGACAAUAAGGAACCAUUUGACGCCCACCUCCACUUUGUGCGUCCCGCCAUGCCCAUCUGCGCCAACCCCGGAGCAUUUGUCGCACUGGAGCCCAUUCUCACGCCUGCUGGCUCUCCUCCCAACGAUUACUUGCAGGACGGCGGCAAAGCCCGAGAGGCGGAGGCUCAACGCAAGCGACAUCGCUUCGGACACCAUCGUGCUGUGAGCGAGCUGUUCACGAUGAUCCCAACCACGAGUGUCAAAGCUGCCGAUGUGCGCGCCACGCGUCGUCGUGCCACGGUGGGAUCCGAGGCUGCCUACCGCUUGCGUACUCUUCAUCACCGCCAGUCUGACUUGUCAACGUAG